AAAACCCACUGAAUUAUUUUAAAUGUCAAUUUGAGUUCAAAAUUACCAAGAAAGGAGUUACCAGAAAGGAGAUUUUCAAAAACAAAUACAGAUUAUAUGUGACGCCCAACAGUUUACAUUCUCAGAUAUCACAAACACUUACCGAGUACGUCGAUCCAAAAAAUACAUAUG